UAUGUAUAAACAACACUUUACCACUUUUUACAACCGUCAGUUAUUGUUUCAGCUAUCGAACCGACAGUUUCUUAAAAGAACAAUAUGUUGUCCUCACCUUACUCGUAUCCAGUUAUCUCUUUUACCCAACACUUAUGUAGCAAACUGGAGUUUGGAGAACAUCAACUUCCAGUCGUGGUUAAUAGGAAAAAAACAAGUUUGGGUUGGUUCUCAAGUUAUUGCUUCCAUAACCGAACAACCUAUCCACAAGUGGCUUUGGGUGGAAUAUCUUGCGUCCUUCACCAAUUUGGUUUGUUCUGUGAUGGUCAUAUUUAUGGUUCUUAGAAUUAUUCUCAGUUGGUAUCCUAAAAAGUACAACUAUCGUUUCCCUUGGUCGUUGAUUUGUUGGGCUACAGAACCCUUACUUGUUCCAGUUCGAAAGGUGGCACAACCUGUUGGGGGUGUAGAUAUUUCACCAGUGAUUUGGCUCUUUGUGUUUAGUUUGGUUAGAGAGUUAUUAGUUGGACAACAAGGAAUUUUGGUUCUAUUACAAUCGUCUCCUGGAUAGAUAAAAAAGAUGAAAGUUUGUUUUAUGUGACAAAAAUCUUUUAAAAAUAAGUUGAGAAAUCUUCAAUUCAUUUUGUGAUAAGGAUGUCUAGCAAUGGAACUGUCAAUAGUGAAGCUUUGAAUGCAACUAUCGAACAAGCUGUGAAAGCAACACAAGGUAUAAGUAUAAAGGAAAAUGAAACCGA